AUGAGUGCCACGGAAGCGAAACGUGGUUACUGCUUCCUGGCGGACGAGUUCGUACCCAACUGGAGAAUGCAAUCUGCAACCGUGCCAGGCCCUGCUUCAGCUGUGGAUGCUAUGUCUGCUGUUGCGACGGAGCCGUUGCUCCAAGCUUCUGACGACAGGCCUUGGCUGGCAGCGCUCCAAGACAGGCUGCUGGACCUGCCGGAAUUCAAAACACAACCGGGCAGGAUGUGGACUGCAACAGAAAUUUGGUCCCUUAUCACAGCCAGCGGGGAUGCCUUUGAUAUCGUUUCUCCGGCGGCUUCAGGCCCGGCACGGCACACAGAGGUCCGUCCGCUGUGGCCUGAUGACGCGAGCGCCAAACAGCCGGACAAUUGGAGCUUCGUGGAAACAAGGUGCUUCGAAGGUCCUUCUGGGCACCGGAAGCUCUGGUCAUUUCUGGAACGUGAGCUCCGUGUCGCUCUGGCCCAGCGUACAGAGAUGGAUACCAAGGAUGCUCUCGACCUUCCCCCGCCUCCUCCCAGAUUGCUGGAUUCGCUGAGAACCGCUGUCGACGCCGAGAUGGUCUCCCUGUCAAGUCAAGCACGUAUUCGGGCUGGAACUGGUCAGAGCCUUGCAGACAUGUGGAGCCUGCAUACUGGCACUGGACUGCCACGGAUGCCAGAUGCCGUCGUCCAUCCUCGCAGUGAGGACGACGUAUGCGCUUUGCUGAAGGCUGCUCAUGGUGACAAUGGCUUCUUGGUCAUACCUGUGGCCGGGGGUACGAAUGUAACAUCGUCGACAUCCUGCCCUUCUAGGGAGGAGGAGUCUCGACCGGUGGUGGCGGUGGAUAUGCUUGAAAUGAAGCGCAUGGUGUGGGUGAAGCCGGAGGAUGGACUGGCAUGCUUCGAGGCCGGCAUUACCGGCCAAGCUUUGAAAGAUGAAUUGUUGCGAGAAGGCCUGACCAUGGGCCUGGAACCUGAGUGCUGGGAGCGCUCAACACUGGGUGGCUGGGUGGCGAGUCGCGCCACGGGUCUCAAACAGGCCCGGUACGGUGACAUCGAGGAGGUGCUGGUAGAGAUUCGCGUCGCAACAUCAUCUGGGUUGCUUUGGCAGCAUGGUGGCCACUUGAAGUACCAGCAGUCCGAUCCCGCAUGCCCGGCAAAAGGAGGACCUAUCUCCAGCUGCGGUCGGAAAUCCACCGGUGUGGAACUCCCAGGGCUGCUGCUGGGAAGUCAAGGAUGUCUUGGAGUGAUCACCGCUGCUGUCAUUCGGGUGCAUGCUGUGCCAGAGCUGACACAGGGCGGAAGCCUUGCUUUCCCGAGCUGGGAGCAGGGAGCACGUUUUGCUCGAGAUGUUGCUCGCCUGCCCAAGGCCCUUAGGCCUGCAUCGUGCUGGCUCGUCGAUGCCAAGCAAUUGGAAAUGGCAGAGGCGCUGCACCAUGUAGACUCCGUGGGCCGACACUCCAUGCAGCCCUUGCCGAGCCACCAGGUCGCCGCUGAGAUCCUCCUCGAAGGCUCUCGCGAAGAAGUGGAUGCUCAGAAGUGCAUGCUGCAUCAGCUUGCAGCGACCCAUGUUGGCACGUGGGGUGCCGCAGGCAAGCUCCUGCACCAGCUGUCGUUGACCCUGCCGCACGUUCGUCAACUUGGCAUUGGCUACGACGUCUUCAUGGACAGCAUUGAGAUCCUGAUUCCGUGGGCAUCCCUGGAAGCCACCAUUUCAGCUGUGUCGGAGGUUGCAAGCUCUGGGCACCGUGACCUCGAUUUUCCAGGAACUCCGUAUAUCUCUUUCGGCCUGGGGCAGCUCCUUGCCGAAAGGGCAGUCCUGACUGUUCAUCUUGCCACUUCUGUGGCAGGCCUUGACCCCAGCAGCGCUCUUCCAGCCUUCAGCCGCUGGAGACAUUCGGUGGAAGCUGCCGUUGUGUGCGAGGGCGAUGAAGUAUUUGGUCAGAGAGGCAAUCCACCAGGAGGUCUAUGUACAAAAGCUCAGGCCAUGGCAGUGGUGAGUGAGAAGGCGAACGUGGCAGAUGGAGAGGGUAGUCUUUGGACAGAGAAAAGGCCGGUCGCUUGUUGGAAGUUGGCUGUGCCAAUCCACUUCGCGAAUGUUCUGGUCACUGGCAGGUUUGUCGUCAUUGCCGCCGACGGCUCCCUCCAACAUGAGAGCGGCAGUCAGCCACUUUACAGCAGCUCCGAAGGCUCGGCAAUGUCGGCGGCAAUGGUGGACGUGAAAAUCAGAACUCGAUUUUGCGGCUCGAGCACUUGCACCUCGUGCGGCAUGCUUGAGCCGGCGAGCGACGUGAAAGGUGAAGAUGACUUGACUUCGGAAGGCCAGGAGGCUUCCCUCCUGAAGAGGGUGGGCCUUUCGGUCUUGCACAGCAACACCAGCUUCUGGCAACGAAGCCGAGAGGAGGCUUCAGAAGCAGAGCAUUCUUUGGAGGCACUACGACGGGAGGCCCAACUGCGCCAGGCGCGCUGCCAAAGCCAGCUGGAGAGCUUGGCCCGUGACGCGAAGGAGGAGCAGGAGCGGCGGUUGAUCUCAGAGAAGGUCGGUCAGGAGCUCGCGGCCAUUCGUGAGGAGAUGCGCCGAAAGGAGGCCGCGGAGGAGGAGCGGCUCCGUCACUUGUACCGCGGCAUCCUCGGCCCGGCCUCGGAGUCCGGAGAAUCGAAAGCCACGGUCACCCAGCAAAAAGGCCAAUCCUCGCCGGCUUUUACACCCUUGAUAGUAUCGGAGGCCUCGCUCCUCGACUCGGAACCGACGUGGGACGUCGGAGCUGUGCCGCUGAAAGGUGAUCUGGAUCUCCUCUCCGGGAAGGACUUUUGGCCUUCCGCUCCGGUGGCUCCGGCUCCGGCAAGCACGCGCGAUCGGCACGGGGGCAAAGCCUCAGGCCGAAGUAAAGACAUGCGAGACGCAACCAAACUGCUACAAGUCAACUUGGCACGGCUGGAACGCUUGGAACGCUGUGGGGAAUUUGGUUGGAGCGAGACGCCAUCUGCAGCAUUGCGCCGCACCAGGAAAGUUUUUGUCUGCAACCACCUCUGCACGGUACUCUGGUGUGAGAACGCGGAAGCGCAGCCCCUCAGUAGCAUGGAGUUGUUUGCUUGGGCCAUUUGGCUCGGAAGCGUAGGGAAGAGUUUUGGCUGCACCUACGCCGAGGCGGAGAAGAUUGUGCUCGGCUUGCCACGAGCACGACGUGUGCAGAACCUUCAGCUGGGUGUCAGGGCAAGUUCCAUGAACAAGUACGAUGUCUUGGGCGUCGUGGGCGAAGGGGCCUACGGCGUGGUGUUGAAGUGCAAGAACAAGGACACCAACGAAGUGGUGGCCAUCAAGAAGUCUGCACCACAGUUCAAGGAAAGUGAAGAGGACGAGGUGAAGAUCCUUCGUAUAAUGCGGCACGAAAACAUUGUGCAGCUGAAGGAGGCCUUUCGACGCAGGGGGAAGCUCUACCUCGUCUUCGAAUUCGUGGAGAAAAGCAUGCUCGACAUUUUAGAGGCUAAUCCAAAUGGCGUGGACACCGAAACUGUUCGUGUCCUCACUUGUCAAUUGGCUCGUGCCAUUGAGUACUGUCAUCGGCAUGAUGUCAUUCACCGUGACAUCAAGCCAGAAAACUUGUUGAUCAACCCUGCGGAUAAUGCACUGCGGCUUUGCGAUUUCGGGUUUGCCCGGACAAUGAGCGCGGAUACUCCACUCACAGAUUACGUUGCAACUCGGUGGUACCGCGCACCAGAGCUCCUUCUAGGUUUCACACAUUAUGGAAAGGAUGUAGAUAUUUGGGCCGUUGGCUGCAUCAUGGGUGAACUCACUGAUGGCCAACCGCUUUUCGCCGGUGAGUCGGAGGCAAUUCUUGGACAGUUAGCAAGUCCACCCUGA